AUGGGUCGCCUACAGUCGCCCAAAAAGCCCACGACGUCCAACAAGAGGACCUUGUCCCUGCAAUCGCCGCCUCCGCAGUCGACGACGGCCAUCUCAUCCUCGCUCUUGUCGCCCAAUUCGGGCCCGCUCUCGAUCGGACCCGCGACUCGGAUCGAACCGACCGCAACCGCAGAUGGGACUGGGACCCAGACCACUACAUCGUCCCCCUUCAUCAGCUUGAGGUUGCCAUCACCCUCACCUGCAUCUUCCUCGACGACGAGCACCGCAACGACGCAGGCUUCGACCUCGACAGCUCCCCCGACUCUCUCCAUUCGAUCCUCAGCCCCAGCCCCAGCCCCAGCCCCAGCCCCAGCCCCAGCCCCUCUCGCCGCAGAGACAUCACACUCCACCACUACCCACGAUCAGGACCCAGCACCCCCUUCCAAGCGAGGUAGAUCGAGCGCGAACAAGAAGAAGAAGAAGAAUCGCAGUCAAGCGACGACCAACGGCUCCCGGGAACCCUCGCCCGACGUCGAGGAAGGCGAGGUGCAGGGUGACUUUGAUGGUCUCUUUGUCGUCGAUCUGCAACCUUCGGUCGUGCCCAAGGAACUACUCGAGACACCCACCGUUAGCGAAGAGGACGAGCACAAGAAUGAGACCGCGUACGAGCGUAGACGGAGACAGCAGGCCGACGAACUCGAGAGGGAGGAGCAAGCCAUGAGGGACUUUGCCCACGACGUUUUGGCUACCGAGGAUGACGACGACGACGACGACGACGAUCACGAUCACGAUCACGACGAAGAAGAUGAGAGCAGUGAACAAGAGGAAGAGUGGCACGAUGAAGCAUCCCUCGCCAAAGCGAUCCAAGGAAGAAUCGUCGACGACAGUCAGGCCAAGGUGAGAUCUCACCCAAGAAUCUGACGCUCGCAUCGGAAACGAGAGCUGACCCCCUUGAUGUCGUUCCCAGGUCACUGGCCGGUACUACAAAGAGGCCGAUCCAUCAAAGUCGUGUGUACUCUGCGGAGGUGGGUCGAGCUCAGUUCUUAGUAAACGCCUCGCGCGGGACUAACCGUACCCAAGCUGAUUUCGGGCUGCACAGAACAAGGCCACUCGUCGCGCGACUGCACCCAUUCGCAGUGCUUCAUCUGCGCCCAAGUCGACGCCGACCACGAAGCUCGCAACUGCCCCGUCUCCCUCGUCUGCUCCGCCUGCGGAUCCCGAGGCCACAUGGCACGCGAAUGCACGGCCGCCCACCCCGUACGAGGCAACUACGGCGCGCGGUGUACGCAUUGCUCCUCGACGCUCCACCUUCCAACGAAUUGUCCGAGCCUAUGGCGCAUCUACGAUACUCGAGGCGCGAAACCGACCAAGCGGAAAGUGAUCCUCGCCUGUGCCAACUGUGGCUCAAACAAGGACCAUUUCAUCGACGAGUGCCCGAUCCCGAGAGGGCAUCCGAUGAAGUAUGUCGAUAACUCGGCUUUCAAUCGGGAAGCCUUGGGGGACUGGGCGAUUGGCUUACCCAAUCGCGUCGGACGGAGAGGUGGCCCAACCGGUUCCGAAGCUGCUGCGAGGAGAAGGGGACAACCUAUGGCAGGCGAUAAGAGGAGAACCCACGAACGCUUCGAUCCCGCCGAUGACGAUGAUUGGUUCGCUUCGAGGAGGACCGAUCCGGGGCGGCGGAAUGGUUAUCACGAUUCGAGGGAUCGUGAUCAUGGUCGAUCGAGCUUGACCGAUCGACUGAGUUAUGGCGAUGAUCGAUCGAGUCGAUCCGAUUUGAGGGAUACCAGACCCUCGGCAUCUUCGUCCUCAUCGAAAAAGCAUCAACGAUCACAGUCAGGAUCAGAGUCGACGCCGAGAGGGCGGCGAGAUUCUUCCCAAGGUGGUGGGGGACACAUACGAUUCAAGGACUCGACUUAUGAUCGGUUCGGUGGGACCCCCAUCAGUGGGCCAGGAUCAGGGAGGAAAGAUUUGCGGAGCACUUAUGACGAGGAUGAUCGGCGGCAGGGAGGUCGCGAUAGUGGACGGGAUAGUGGACGAGAUAGUGGACGAGACAGUGGACGAGACAGUGGACGGGAUAGUGGGCGGGAUAGCAGUAGAAGGAGUACACCGAACGGGAAUGGCAGGAGUAGCAAACGGAAAAGCGAUCCCACCGGAGGGGGAGGAAGUUCAGGGACACCCUCCCUCGCAUCGAGUUUGGGCGGUCUCCCCACCAAACCGAGGUACGAAGGCGGCUACUUUUAA